AUGGCAGUUCGCUUCUUCCUCGGUCUCGCAGAAGCAGGUCUCUUCCCCGGAAUCGGAUACUUCCUAUCGUGCUGGUACCGACGUGACGAGUUCGGUGUGCGAAUGGCAAUUUUCUUCUCCGGUGCUGCCCUUGCUGGUUCAUUUGGUGGUCUGCUUGCCGCUGCGAUCGCAUUGAUGGAUGGCGUGGGAGGCAAACAUGGUUGGUGCUGGAUCUUCAUUCUCGAAGGUCUGGCCACAGUGUUGAUCGGUGUCGCUUGUUUCUGGAUGGUCCAGGACUUCCCUGACAAUGCCACGUUUCUCUCGCCUGACGAUAAGAAGCGGGUGGUGCGGAGACUGGCACAGGACAAGCAGGCCAGUGCGGAGAAGGAGGACUUCAAUAUGGUGUACUUCUGGUCCAGUAUGAAGGACUGGAAGACGUGGCUUUAUGCCGUUAUUUAUAUGGGCGCGGAUAUGCCUUUGUAUGGAUUUUCGCUUUUCGUCCCGACCAUCAUCGAAGAGCUAGUAUGUUCCCUCUUUCUCUUGUCUCAUGCAGCUGGCUAA